AUGGAUCCAUCAAAAUUAUUAGCUCUGCUAAAACAGCAAAGAGCAAUAUAUGACGAUGUUAAGAAUAUCGAGAAGAAUAGCAGCAAACGUGAGUUGCGUGCGAAUACAAUAAAAGAACGUUUAGAUAAAGUACAAGGAUUAUGGAAUCAAUUUAAAGAUAAUCACGAGAAAAUACUCUUAACGGAGAAUAAGGAAGACAAAUAUUUUAAAGAGGACUUUUACAAUACAGUGCAUCAAAAAGUGAUUCAGGUGAAAACAAUGCUCGAAGAAAUAGUUGAAAGCAAAGAUAGAAAUGCAGAAUCUGUUGAAAGCAAAAGUGUAGACGAGAAAAUAACGGAAAGUCAAAUUGAGAAAAAUAAAAUCAACAAUCUAGUAGAGCAAUAUAACAAUAACAUCGCAAGGUUAAGACAGAUGUUAGAAAAUCUUGACCAUUAUGAUACUGUCACGCGAUUGGAACAACUUAAUGGAAUCUGGAAAAGAAAGUUCGAAGACAUUAGAAGUAUCUAUAAGAAGCUGGUUAUUGAAAUGUCGUACAAUGAAGUAGACAUUCUGAAUGAUUAUGAUGAGGUUGAAGACCAAUACGAUAAGGCGUUAGAUGAAUUAGCCAAUAAAAUGGAAAAAUUACGUGAGGGGAACAACGUUAAGCUUGACUGCAUUAGAAUCCCAAAUUUCAACGGUAAUAUUGAAGAAUGGUCGUCUUUUCAUGAUCUAUAUAAAAGGCUUAUCCAUGAGGAUGGAAAAAUUUCGAAUGUUGAGAAAAUGUAUCGACUCAAAACAUUAGUAAAAGGAGAAGCAAGCAAGCUGAUACAACAUCUACCGGUGUCGGAAUUGAAUUAUGCUGUAGCUUGGGAGAUUUUGUCGCAAAGGUACGAAAAUGAAAGAAUGUUGUUUACAAUAUUGGUCGAUAAAUUGCUCGAUCAACCAUCUGUAUAUAAUGAUUCAGCGUCAAGUUUGAAAAAGUUGCUUGACACAUCGAUAGAAUGUAUCCAGGGGCUGAAGGCAAUGGGUAUAAAAACGAAUGAAGCAGAUCCAAUAAUAGCAAGGAUUAUAAUCAGGAAGUUGGAUAAGGAAGGAUUACGGCUAUAUGAGCAAAAUAUAAAAAGGACAAAGGAGAUUCAAAAAUUGGACGAUGUAUUACAGUUUCUGGAGCAGCAAUACCAAGCAGCAGAGGCGAUUAAAUCUAAGAAACAAACUAAUAAUGUAAAGUCUUUUCAAAAAACAACAGCGACAACUAUAGUAGCAAAUGAUUACCAGUGCUUUUACUGCAACAAAAAAGGACAUAUGGCAUUAAAGUGUUAUGAGUUUCUAAAGCUACAAGUCAAGGACAAAAAUACAUGGGUAAAAGACGCUAAAAUUUGUCGCGUCUGUUUAUCGCAUAAAACUACAAAAAGAUGCAAUAGUAAGACAAAAUGUCAAGAAUGUGGGAAGUGGCAUAAUACUCUUUUGCACAUUAAUUCAGGGCAAAAUAAUAACACAUCAACAUUAACAAUGAAUACGGGCACAGCAGAAAAUGUGUUACUUGCAACGGCGCAAGUGCGCGUAAAAAGUGUUCAAGGUGAGAUGAUUAUGUUAAGGGCACUAAUUGACCAAGGGUCGCAAACUACAGCUGUAUCAGAAGAAGCGGCACAAAUAUUAAAUUUGCCAAGGAAAAAAGUAAAAAUGGAAGUGCAAGGGUUUGGAGGAACACCGGUUGGCGUUGCAAAGGCAAAAAUAAAUCUUCAAAUUCACCCACGAUUCACCAGUAAAUAUAAAAUAAAUGCAGAAGCAUUAAUUUUACCAUCAUUGGUAUCUUGUCAACCGGAUAAAACCUUUAGCUAUAAUAUAGAUAAGUGGGAAAAUAUGACCUUGGCGGACCCAAAUUUUAAUAAAUCCGAUAGAAUUGACAUAAUCAUAGGAAGCGAUCUUUACGGAGAAAUUCUUGAAGGCGGUCUACUUAAAAAAGAUAAAAUAUUGGCGCAAUCAACAAAGUUCGGCUGGAUAUUAUCAGGUAUUUUACAAGCAAAAAGAAGCAUUAAAGGAUUCAUCUCUUCCAACGUCGUCAACAUAGAGAAAUUUUGGGAAAUAGAAGAAAUUCCAGAGGAUGAAGAUUCAUCAGAAGACGGAUAUUGUAUGAAAAAUUAUGCUGCGACAACUACCAAAAAUGAAGAUGGACGAUUUGUAGUUGAGUUACCUUUCAAAGAAGAACACCAACUUGGCGACUCAUACAAAAUGGCGAUGGCACGAUUCAUAAAUUUGGAAAGAAAAUUACAGGCAAACCCAUCAUUAAAGAGAGAAUAUGUCGAAUUCAUGAAACAGUAUCUAGCUGAUGGGCAUAUGAAAAGAGUAAGUUCAAAAAGACAGGGAAAAUAUUAUCUACCUCACCAAGCAGUAGUAAGAGCGAAUAGUAUCACUACUAAGGUGAGAGUAGUUUUUGAUGCUUCGGCAAAGACCACGAAUAAAAAUAGUUUAAAUGAUGUAUUAUAUGUUGGCCCAAGGUUGCAAAGGGAUAUCUUUGAUAUAUUGUUGAAGUUUCGACUGAAAAAAUUUGCCAUAGUUGCUGACAUAGAAAAAAUGUAUAGGCAAAUAUGGGUGAGUAAAAAUGAUCAGAAAUACCAACAUAUUUUGUGGAGAAGCGAGAUUAAUCAGCCAAUUGAAGAAUACAAGUUAACAACUGUAACUUACGGUAUUGCCCCUGCUUCAUUUUUAGCUAUAAGAACUUUAUUUGAAAUAGCAAAUGAAUGUCAGGAUAAUCACAUAUCGAAAAUAAUUAAAGACGAUUUUUAUAUGGACGAUCUUCUAACUGGCGGUGAUACAAAAGAAGAGUGCAAAAGUGUUCGGCUAAGGAUAUCGGCACAUUUGGAGAAGUAUGGAUUUCAUUUGAGAAAAUGGUGCUCAAACAGCAUGGAUAUAGUAGAAACGGUGGAAAAAUCAAAAGACAAUGAGGUCAUUGAUAUAGAUAAAGAAGAAAGUAUAAAAACGCUUGGCUUGCAAUGGAAUCCUAACAAUGAUAUAUUCAUGUUUAAGAUAGCAGAAAGUAGAGACGUCUAUAUAACAAAAAGAAUGGCAUUAUCGUAUCUAGGUAAAAUAUUUGAUCCAUUAGGACUAUUGGCUCCAGUUACAGUAUUGGUUAAGUUAUUUGUGCAGAAGCUCUGGAUAAGUAAUUUAGAUUGGGAUAUGAAAUUAAAUGAAGAAAUGAUGAAAGAAUGGAAAAACAUUGUGCAGAACUUAGACGCAAUACAAACAAUCAGAAUUGAGAGAUGGGUAGGAGUUACCGGAAAUGAUGAAAUAUGCCUGGUGGGGUUCGCUGACGCAUCGGAAAAGGCCUACGCAGCAAUAGUGUCAAGAGUAAAUGAAAUAAGCUCGUUAAUUCCAAGCGCCAAUUGGUUUUAUGUGCGAUCAAAGGAAAAUCCAGCAGACCUAGCAUCCAGAGGAAUUCAGCCGGAAAAGUUAGAGAACCAAUCUGUGGAGUAG